AUGCUGGAGGAUAAAGAGAAUUUCACUGCUGGGGUUACAUCAACUAGUCCAAAAACAUAUAAAAAUGUCCUAAAACCAAUAUCACCAAAUAUUAAUAACACCACCAACCACAAGAAGAUUCUUGAAGGUGGAGAAUUUGAAGAUCAUUUCAACUUAUUACAUCUCACCCAAGAAGAAAUACAAACCCAAUUGCAUGACAUACAAGUCCAAUCUAAACAAACUAGUGUCGACUUGGGACAAUUGGUAGAUAGACUGAAGAAUAAUAAUCAAAAUUUGAAUAGAUUGUUGGAGAAUGUAGUUUCCUAUUCACAAGAGGUUAUGACUGAAGGAAAUGCUACUAAGGCAGAUAUGCAUAGCAUUUUGGAAAGGCUUGAUGUGAAUGAUUCUAACAAUGAGAAGAUUAGGAAGUUGAUUGAAGAAAGAUUGAAUAUUUCGAAAGAUAAUAUUAAGGAUGUGAUUCAAGAGACCAUGUCACGCGAUGCUGAUGAAUGGAAAACGUAUGUCAAGGAAUUGGAGACAUGUCUAACAAAAAGUUCUAAAGAAGGAUUUACAUCUAUUGAGAAUGAUCUCACUAAGCUCGUCGAAUCCAUCGAGGAAAAAUAUACGCGUUUGGAGAGUUGUAUAUCAACCAAUUCAAAUGCAACUAGUAAAGACGAACAGAUAUUGAAAACAGUUAUCGACAAGGUAGCAGAAUCUGGUGCUGAAACCAAAGAUUCACUUCAUGUGUUAAGUACCAAACAGUCAGAGGUUGCUUCCAGUCUAUCAUCGGCAACAAGAACGAUCAAUUCUACUAUGGAGAAGAUUCAAAUAAACAUAGACAAUAUCAAGGAGAAAUUACCUCCGUCGGAUCUUGUAGAGCAGAUAAUACUUCGUGUUAUUUCCGAAUUGAACUCAGUUUCUUUAGAUGAUAAAUCAGUUAGCAUUUUGGAGGAUAUACGGACAAAGCUUGAAGACAUACAGAGCAAUUAUAUUCACAAUGACAAUGACAAUGACUCGACUGCAAGGAUACUAGCGAUGUUAUCCAAUAUAGACGAGAAAAGGGUAAACCAGAACUCAGAACUUGAACAGAGAGAAAGAGAAUUAGAAGCUAAGAUCCAGAAACUAGAAACUAAAUAUUCUUUACUUUCCAACAGUUAUUCUACAAAAUAUGAAGAGUAUAAACAUCUAGAAGUCAAAUACAAAGAAUUGGUACUGAAAAUCGAAUCAGCAUCUAUCCCAACUGUUAAAGAUGGAUCACAGAUGAAGCAUAUUCGUCAGUUUCAUUUAGAAAAUAUCAAAGAAAUCUCCAAGGAAGAUGACGGGUUCUCAAUUAAUCACCGAAAGAGAAUCGCAAGUGUUCCAACAUACAGUAACCGAGCACAGAUGAGUUCGAUUCCAGAAGGUGAGUUUACGAACAAUUCAGAAGACGAAUUCUAA